AUGAUAAAAAUUAUAUUGAAUCGAACGUCAUCAAGAUCCGAUAAAUUUCAUAGACUCAAACGUACACAAGAUCUUUUCACCUCUCAAACACCUCUCAACACUUCUAAACACAUCUUAACACUUAUUUACACAUUUUAACACAUUUUAACACAUAAUUACACGUUUGUAUACAAAUUUAAUUAGUAAAGAUCUACGAUAUUGGUCUGAAAGAUGAUGAUUUUGAGGCCGUUGUUGAUAAUAUUUGGGUACAGAUUGGUAUCGCUAAUGCCAGUGGAGUCGGUGUUGAGUUGUAGAAAAGGGUACUUCGACUGCGAAAGCAACUGUGUGGUCAGAUUCAAGGACGUGUCAGCAGUGCUGACAACGAUGUGUAAAAUCGGAUGCUCACUAAGGAAUUGCAUUAUCUAAUCUCGAC